GGGCCUGAGCCUGCCUGGCACCGCAGGCAGCGCAGCAAGAGGGCAGCAGCGCGCGUGCUGCUCAGAGUGCUGGUUGCCGCCUCGACCUUGGCCGAGCACCACAGCACCAUGGCACCUGAGCAGCCCGCUGGCCAGCGGCAGCACAGCAACUGGCAGGAGGACACGCCUGCCGACAGGCGCAGGCGCAGCCGCCGCCCAACAGGCACCGCGGCCGCAACAGCAGGCCAGCAGGCGCCGCAGCCCCAGCAGCAGAGCGGCUUCACCGAGAAACAGCGCGCCGUCCUCGACAUGGUGCUGCCCAUGUCCUACGAGGAGGCGCAAGGGCACGAGUCGUGGAGCUCGCCGCCGCCAGACCCGGAGAUGCUCGAGGUCUGGCGGAGGACCCGCAGCCAGCGCCUCGCCAGGCUGGCGGACAACAUCGCGGGAGCGCGGUCCGCAGGUGCUGCGCUCGACAACAUGGGAUAUGAGGCGGCGGCCACGGCGGAGAACAUCACGCUCGUGAUCCCGCCGAAGGAGAGACUGCGCCAGCCGCGCUCCACCUUGGAGCUGGCCGAGGAGGAGCUCGCCAGCCUCCAGGCCAGGAUCGCGGCACAGCUGGACGAGGAGGCGCAGGCCACCAAAGUCGCGCGGAUCUACAGGGUGCUGAUCCGGGAGACCAAGGACAUGAUGGCGAGAACCGCGGCCAGCGGCCCGCCUUCGGAGUCCGAGGAGGCAGCCAAGCUACGCAGCCGCGAACAGGCCAUGGCCCAGAAGACCUUGCGCGCGGUCUCCGAGCAGCUGGAGCGCCAGCAGCGAGGCCACGAGCGCGAGGUUGAGGCUGUCAGGAGUGCCGCUCACCGCGAGCUCGAGCACGAGCAGGCCGCCUGCCGCAAGUGGCAGAGCGGGAACAAGCAGCACCAGCAGGAGGAGGCAGGCGCAGCGCUUCAGCAGCUGCAGCGCCACCUCGCCACGCAGGCCCAGGAGGCGCUCCAGGGGCAGAAGAGGAGCUCCGAGCAGGAAACGCGUGCCAUGAUGGAGGCAGCGAACAGGGCUCGGCGAGGCGAGGGGCAGCGCCUGCAGCUGGCGCGCCAGGAGCGCGAGCGCCGCCACCGGACACGCGCCGAACUGGAGAGCGAAGCGCUAGCCUUGGCCCAGCAGGCGCGAGCUUCGGAGGCGCGGCGCGCCGUGGAACUGGGCCACCAGGAGGCUCGGGCAGGUCAGGAGAUGAUGGCAGCGCACCUCGAGCUCCAGACGAGGCAAGCGGCCAUGGGGGCGCACCACUCGCAGCAGGAGAGGCGGCUCGUCGCGUUUGGCAUGGAGCAGGCCGAGGCCCACCAGCAGGGCAAGCGGCGCCUCGAGGAGGGGGCCUGGCAGGCAUUGGCAGGCGUGCGAAGGCCAUCGGAGGAGCACCGCGCCAGCAACCGCCGCCUCGAGCAGCAGGCGGAGCAGGCGCCGCGCGACGCCUUCCAGCACCUGCAGUGGGUCCAUCACGACAACGCGAGGAUGCACUGGGAGCUGCAGGCCCGCCACGAGCAGGAGACGGCGGCGCUCAGAAGCGCUCUCAGGCACGCCCUGGGCGAGUUUUGGAUGACGGGCGACGCGCCGGAGCUCGGCGCAGGGGGGGAGCUGAAUCCGUCGCCCCUGUCCGUUGAA